CAAGAAGUCGGAAAGAAGCAGAGAAGUAAGAAAGAGAAAAUGGGGGGAGAUGAAGAAAAGAGAUCAUCAAUCGACCAAGAUGAAGAAAGGGAUUGGUGGGUAAAGGCGGGAAAAUGGAAAUCGAGCAGUACAUACAGCGGGAAAGAAAAGGAAAGAAAAGAACAAGAACAAGGCAAAAAAAAAAAAACCCUCCUCCCGGUGCAUGAGGUAUAUUUCCUCCGUUUCGUCCCAUGA